AGUCCAUUGUAAACUCAUUGUAAACUUGAUGCUUUACCUCAGGCUCCACAGGCCAUAAAACUUUGAUAAAAUGUCUCCUGCUAUCUUUGGCCAAUUUUAGAUCAUUGUAAACUCGAUUCGUUCUUAAACGUCCAUAACAUCUUACCACAUUCAUCAUAAGGGAUUUUACUACAUAGUUCUCUCUCAGGCACCGUACUUGUCUCGCUUUGAUAUGAAGGCUCGGCUACCUUUUAAGAUGGCGUUGUGAACUAUAAAAUGGAGUAUUUAAAUGAAAAAUAUGAGAAAAGGAUUCUGGAAAUUCAUGAAUGAAGACUAUACAUCCAUACUAAAUUAAACGGUGCAAAAAUGGGUUGUUCACAAUCUUUAGAGAGUAAUAACACCGAUACCACGARGAUUCCUUUAUCGACUGCACAAAAAUACCUAGUGCGUGAGACGUGGGAAACAAUUGAGCAGCACAAGAAUCGAGUCGGUAAAAAGACGUUUUUGAGAUUCUUUGACAUGAAUCCAGAUUUUCAGAAGCUUUUUCCAGAAUUUKCUAGUCUCAAAAGAGAAGAACUUGAAAAAGCCAACGCUUUACAUGGACACGCYAAAAGAGUUAUGAAAGCGGUAGAAAAUGCAGUCACAGCUAUGGAUGAUGCCGAGAGUUUUACGGCUUACCUCGAAGGACUUGGACAGAGGCAUGUGACAAGGUCCCUCAAACCUUCGUACCUCGAUGCAAUGCAAAUAGCACUGAUGGACACUCUGAAAGAUCUUYUACAGUCGCAAUGGACCCAAGAAACAUGUAAUGCUUGGAACAUCUURUUCAGAUAUAUUGCUGAAACCAUGAAGCGCGGGCUUCAGUCGGGCAAAAAAUUAAAGUGAUAUCUAUUGAAAACAYAUCAAACAUGAAUAAAGAACAUUGAUYUUUUGUAUAAGAAASAACCGAAACAAGGACUGAAUAACUUCUUAAUAACGCGUCCUUUCAUUGGCCGAGGUGAAGUUUAUAGAAGCCGGAAAAAUAGAAAACGUUUACCCUGUGCCAUGUCAGUCAAGAACUGUUUCGUGUCGUGAAACUAAACUGAAAUACUGCUGCAUAUARUUUAACCAUGUAUUCAAAAUAAAAUAGAAUAU